CAAUUUCGCGCCAAAAGUUGUCACUGGGCAGACGAGAGGCAGGAGGCAGCAAGAGAAUCUCUGAGCUAUUUUCCUGCUCUUCACCAUGGAUAUCGGGGACUUGGGCAUCGCAGCGCAAACCACCGUCAAAGAUGAGGUCGGAGAGCGUUGCCAGAAGCUAUUCCAGAGUUUCUUGGAGGAGUUCCAGGAGGAUGGUGUCACAAAGUACGUGGAGGAGGCGAGAGAUCUUAUCAAGCCAGAGAGGAACACCCUGGAGGUUUCUUUCCUGGAUAUUGACAAGUUCAACCAGAACCUCGCCACACUCAUUGUGGAGGAGUACUACAGAGUGUACCCUUUCUUGUGCCUGACCGUUCGCAACCAUGUCCGGGACCACACUGGGUUGUCUGUGGAGAAGGAGUAUUACCUUAGCAUUGUUGACGUGCCCACCAGACACAAGGUGCGCGAGCUGUCCACUCUUAAGGUCGGCACACUCAUCCGCAUCUCAGGACAGGUGGUGCGGACUCACCCAGUACACCCAGAGUUGGUGUCAGCCACCUUCCAGUGCAUGGACUGCCAGACGGUGGUGAGCAAAGUGGAGCAGCAGUUCAAGUACACUCAGCCAUCCAUAUGCCACAACCCGGUGUGCAACAACCGCAAACGUUUCAUCCUGGACACCAACAAGAGCCGCUUCGUGGACUUCCAGAAGGUCCGCAUCCAGGAGGUGCAGGCGGAGCUUCCACGUGGCUGUAUCCCCAGGAGUGUGGAGGUGGUGGUGAGGGCGGAGGCAGUGGAUCAGGCCCAGGCUGGUGACCGCUGUGACUUCACCGGUACUCUGAUUGUGGUGCCUGAUGUGGCGGCACUCAACCUCCCCGGUGCCAGGGCCGAGAGCUCCGCCAGACACAAGGGUGAGGAGAGUGAGGGCGUGACGGGACUCAAGGCACUGGGUGUGCGAGACCUCAGUUACCGUUUGGCCUUCCUGGCAUGCUCCGUGACACCAACAAACCCUAAGUUUGGCGGUAAGGAGGUGCGAGGGGAGGAGCCGACAGCAGAGAGCAUCAAGAGGCAGAUGACGGACUUGGAGUGGAACAAGGUAUACGAGAUGGCUCGGGACAAGAAUCUGUACCAGAACCUCAUCACCUCCCUCUUCCCCACCAUCUAUGGCAACGACGAGGUCAAGAGAGGAAUCUUGUUGAUGCUGUUUGGAGGUGUGCCCAAGACCACCAUUGAGGGCACCAGCCUGCGAGGAGACAUCAAUGUGUGUGUGGUGGGCGACCCCUCCACUGCCAAGUCACAGUUCCUCAAGCAUGUGGCAGACUUCUCACCCCGCACAGUGUACACCUCCGGCAAGGCGUCCUCCGCAGCAGGUCUCACAGCAGCCGUGGUGAAGGACGAGGAGUCACAUGAGUUUGUCAUCGAGGCGGGCGCGCUGAUGUUGGCUGAUGGUGGCGUGUGCUGCAUCGAUGAGUUUGACAAGAUGGAUCAGAGAGACCAGGUGGCAAUUCAUGAGGCUAUGGAGCAGCAGACUAUCUCUAUUACUAAGGCAGGAGUGAAGGCCACACUGAACGCCAGGACCUCUGUGCUGGCUGCUGCUAACCCGAUAGGAGGCCGCUAUGACCGCACCAAAUCCCUGCGGCAGAACAUCACCCUCACCAGCCCCAUCAUGUCCCGCUUUGACCUCUUCUUCAUCCUGGUUGACGAGUGUAAUGAGGUGACAGAUUAUGCUAUUGCACGGCGCAUUGUGGACCUGCACGCCUGCAUGGAGAACAGCAUAGAGCGUGUGUACAGCCUGGAGGAGGUGCAGCGCUACAUUACCUUUGCCAGGAUGUUCAGGCCAAAGAUGAACAAGGAGGCAACAGAGUACCUGGUGGAGCAGUACCGCACACUGAGACAGAGGGACAGCCAGGGCGCUUCUUGCUCCUCCUGGCGUGUCACUGUGCGCCAGCUGGAGUCAAUGAUCCGACUGUCUGAAGCCAUGGCCAGGAUGCACUGCUCCGACCAGGUCCACCCCAAACAUGUGAAGGAAUCAUUCCGUCUCAUCAACAAGUCCAUCAUCCGCCUUGACCAGCCGGAUGUGCACCUGGAUGGCAUGGAUGAGGAGCAGCAGCAGGAGGAGGAAGCCAUGGAGACAGAUGAGAAUGCUGACCCCAAUGCUGGAGUGAACGGAGAUGUGGCGCCCUCACAAGACCAAGACCAGCCAGCUAAGAAGAAGACCAGCACCACACUUUCCUAUGAGACCUACCACAACAUGACCACACUGCUGCUGAUGCACAUGCGAAGGGAGGAGGCACGUUCAGAGUCCCAAGAGACGGAGGAGGGGGCAGAGAGUGCUGGCAUGAGGCGCUCUGCUAUCAUCAAUUGGUACCUGCAGGAGAUCAGCGGGGACUUGGAGACUGAGGCUGAGCUGGUGGAGCAGAAGAUGCUGGUGGAGAAGGUGCUGGACCGCCUCACCUAUCAAGACCGCUUGGUUGUUCCCCUCACGCAGACAGGACUCAAAGGCACAGACUCAGGAGGCUUGGAUGAGUCUGAUCCCCUGCUGGUUGUACAUCCUAACUACAACCUGGACUCCUAAGAGGCUCGCUGUUGAUGUGUGUGUGCGUUCAGGGUCGUCUGAGAAUGUACUGAGAGCUAUAUUUGCUAAGGAGGGGGUAAAUGGCUGGGAAGUAUUGGAAGUAACAUCAAUGAAAGUUUGUGUUUCAUUCCUGGGGUGUUUUUAGGCUGGAAGGGAAGAUACUUAAAGAAUCACAUCAGUUGAGAAGCUUCAGUUUACAAAUGUAUGGCUUGAAUAUGUUUUGGAAAGAUUUGUGACUCAUGACAUCUCGGCAAGUUUCCCUUUCAUUUCUGUGGUUCUAGAGUGGAAGAGGAAGAGUGGCUUAUAAAAAUCUCAGUUCCCAAGUUAAGGUUAAAUUGAUGUGUUUGGGUGAGCUUUAUGGCUCAAGUGGUGUGAAAGUUUAGGUACCUGCAUUAGUGUGGCUUGAAUGAUAACUGUCACUUCCCUCAUAUCGUUACUCUCCACUGUACAUCAGAGCACUGAGUGGGAUAAAGGGAUUAGGAAUGUAUGUAGUGACAGCAACCCAAGUACAAUUUAUCAGGAAGUAGAGAAGCAAUGUUGUCUCCACUCAGUGCCUCCAGUGUCAUGUGUGCUUGUAUUGAUAACAGUUCCAAGUACAGUGUCUGGGGAGAGGAAAGUAAGUGCCUUUAUGAAACAGUUUGCAUUGAGAAGUCAUGUCAGGCUUUCACUGUUACAUCAGAUGCCUCCUGUGCCCUUGUAUGCAUGCUCCAUGUCCUGUCAACUCAUCAGAAGUAUCGUGGCACUAUUCACAGUGUUGGUAGGUUAGUAACACAGUGUGUAGUGUGUGUAAGAUGACUGUUACUGAAGAGGAAAGCAUGUAGUGUGGAGAUGAGAAAGAAAAAGAGAGAGAGGCUUUCCUGUAUCUUCAAGGGGAGUUGAUCUAACACUAUAUGACAAUACCAAGUGUUUUGAAGGUAAAAUAUUAAGUACUGUUAGUCGUCUCCAUAUAUGUGUACUAUAUUCUUGAUUGUAUUUUAUGUUGCAUUUUGUUUUGAUAUAUUAAAUAGAAGUUUUUUUGUA